GUCGGUUCAGGUUGUCGGAGUCGGAUAAGGUGCUUUUGGGAAGAUAUAUGGGCUCAAGAUAGGCUGCUGGUGAGACCAAGGCGAUCUAAAGGACAAUAGAGUAAACACAGGAAGCUAUGGGUCAUGAAAAGAAAAAGAAGAAGGACCGCGAUCGUGACCGUGACCGUGACAGGGAGAGGCGCCGGCACAGGAGCCGCUCGGGCUCCGCCAGUCCGGAGCACGGCGACUCUGAGCGCCGCCACCGGCGCAAACACAAAAAGCACAAGUCGGACCGGAAGCGGCGCCAUGAGGUGGACGACAGCCCGCCGUUCGCCGCGCCGCCGCCGCCCAAGCUGAGCCGCAGCUCGGCCUCGCCGCCGCUGGCGCCGCCGCCCCCGCAGCUGCGCGCGGAGGGCGCGCCGGCCGCGCCGCCGCCGCCCCGCCUGCGCUCCUCACCUCCGGCCGGCGGUGGUGAGGGCGGCGGUGGCGGUGAGUCGUCCCUCUCCAUUGAGGAGACGAACCGGCUGCGAGCCGAGCUCGGUCUGAGACCGCUCGAUGUGAAACCGGUGAAGGGAACGGGCGAUGGAGGCGAGGGGAGCGCUGAAGGGCCCAGAAUGGGCUCCUCGGACACAUACGCUAUUCACAAAAAGCCAGAGCACAUCGGAGAUAAAAAGAAAACGGAGAAGCUGCGUGAGAAGUUGGCGUCGCGGCGCGAAGCACGUGCCAUCGAGGCGCGGAUGACCCGCGUUCGCGGACUGGGCGACUCGGAUGAUGAUGAUGAGUCGGCCUCCGCCUGGGUGACAAAGUCGCGUCAGCUGCAGAAGGAGAAGGAGAUGGCCUCCAAACGGGCGGCGCUGUUGGACGACCUAGACGCCGAGUUCGGCGUGGGAGACCUGGUGGCCGCCGACACGAGCGAGUCGCGCGCCGCGGCCUACUCGGCCGGCGACCUGCGCGGCCUGACGGUGGAGCACCAGGCCGACCAGUUUGUCGAAGGACGUGACGUGGUGCUGACGAUAAAGGACAAGGCUGUGCUGGAUGAGGACGAGUCGGACGUGCUGGUCAACGUCAAUAUGGUGGACGACGAGCGGCAUGAGAAGAACGUGGCCAUCCGGCGCCAGAAGCCGGGCUACCGUCCCGACGACCAGGACGAAUGGGACGAGCAGGGCAACUACCGGCCCAAGUCGCUGCUCAGCCAGUACGACGAACAGCUGGACGGAGAGAAAAAGUCCUCCUUUGUUAUCGGUGCGGCCGGCCAGGCCUCUGCCGCUGUCAACCAGGCGGCUGUUGUCAAGGAGAAGUUAAAGCAGAAGAUGAAGCAGCAGGCCAUGCAGUCCCUGGACAUGCCGGCACCCAAGAUCGCGUCAGAGUUCUACACAGAAGCAGAGAUGGCCUCAUUCAAGAAGGUCAAGAAAAAGGUACGCAAGGUGCGUAAGAAGGGUAUUCUAAAGGCGGACGACCUGCUGCCGCUGGCCGAUGACGACCCGUCGGCCCACCUCGGCUCGCGGGUGAAGCGCGAGCCCGCCGACAGCGACGGAGAGGCGGCCGUCACUGACGACACCGCUCCAGUGACCGAUGACCUGAGCGGUGUCAAACUGGAAGACGAGGAGGCUGACACCGAGCUGAGCCGCGCCAUCGAGCGCUCCCGACGACUCAAUCAGGACGCGCAGGCGCAGGAGUCGGAGUCGUCUGGCGCGACGAGGUCGACGGAGCGACGUCUGGCGGAGCUCGCUGCCAAGCUCCGUGAGAAGGAGGCCGCCGAUGCGUCCGUCACUCAGAGUAUCGUGCUCAACUCGACGGCUGAGUUCUGCCGCUCCCUGGGAGAUAUUCCUACAUACGGCAUGUCAGGUAACCGAGACGAGGAGGCGGAGGAGAUCGCCAGUCUGGAGCGGGAGCUGGCGGAGGAGCGGCGCCGCUCGGACCUGGCACGCGCCGCCGACGGGGGAGUCUGGGAGGAGGUGGGGCCAGACGAGACGGCCGCGCCCACCGAGCGGGAGGCCGCCGAGAGGUCGGCCAUCCUGGAGGCGGAGCCAGAGGUCGGCGCCGGACUGGCCGGCGCGCUCAAACUGGCCAUGAAAAAGGGAUAUGUCGACCAGGAGGAGAGCGGGAAAAAGGGCGCCAGUCAGCAGGUGCUGGCCCACCUGCGGGCUCAGAACUACUCCAUCGAGGACAAGAGCGCUAUGGAUGACGACCGGCGCGGCCGGGGCGGCGGCGGGUACGGCGGCGGCGGCGGCGGACCGGUCACGGAGUUCAAGGAUAAGGCCAACUACAAACCGGAGGUCAAACUGGAGUAUAUCGACGACCAGGGUCGUCUACUCAGCUCCAAGGAGGCUUUCAGAUACCUAUCGCACAAGUUCCACGGCAAGGGUUCCGGCAAGAUGAAGACCGAGAAGCGUGAGAAGAAGAUCCAGGAGAGCUUGCUGAUGGCGCAGAUGAACUCGACGGACACACCGCUGAACACGCUCUCCCGGCUGCAGGAGAAGCAGAAGGAGCUGCAGUCGCCCUACGUGGUGCUCAGCGGCGCGAAACUGCUCGGCAGUGGCUCCUCAGGGUCACAAGUAGCGAAGCACUGAAUAUAGGGAGUCCCGCUGCGUCUCCAGAACGCUAGCGGACUCGUCGAUCAGAACAGCCGCGCGCCGUGGGAUCGACGUCCAUCUCACCGACCGUCUGAAGGAUGGUUACUUCAAGCACCGAGGAGUCCGUUCCAACCCGCUAUCGUGCUGGAAACGGAUCAGUCCCCAGGGCAGUCUCCAGACGCGGGGUGCUGUCCCUCGACGCGGCUGUCUGGAGGGGAUGACGCGGUCGCAGAGAGCUGUUAUGACGCGACCCAUGCGAUAGGAGUCGUGCGAUCAUCCGGAGCUGCGUCGCCCCCUAUAACAUGGGGCGAACUCUCCACCGCACUCGGACGAGGGCCACAACAGGGCCUAUCCUUGAAGCACGGCCUAUUGUCGCUAAUACUGCGAGCGGCUACUGUCCACCGCAGUCUUAGCAGGAUAUCAGCGGGCCGUGCUGUAGGAUCAUGGCGCGAGAUAUGCUGUGUUUUGUAUUGAGCACCGUGUUGCCGCGCCCAUGCGUGCCGCCCACUCAUACACUGAAGGACUAUGGCGGCUGGCGUUUUCGAUCGCGCGGCUGCGGACGCGCGACAUUACUGUGCUGAUUGCAGUGCCCUCACCGGACCCCUGGGUGGCAGUCAUGCACGUGCAGUAAGCGCAGCGUAUUGCUGAUGUUCAGUGUCACUUUAUUGACGUCAUCGCUACAUAUUUGUGUCAGAUGAGGGUUACACUUCAUACACAUACUGGAUAUGAA